UUCAAAUGGAAAGUUGUCACGGCCGAAUGUUUUUAUUUAGAUCUACCGCCCGGCCGACGAUGGUGCGACCCAGUGAGUGAGAGGCCCGCGUGGCUGAUGCCAGGUGCAGGCUCUUGUUGAGAGCACUCAGGAUGAGUGGGUCUGCAGAACAGACGGACAUCCUGUCAGUGGCAGACGUGGUCAGGGAAAGAUGGAAAGUGUUGAAGAAGAUAGGUGGAGGUGGAUUUGGGGAGAUCUAUGAGGUUUUAGAUCAGUUAAGCAAAUCCAGUGUGGCCUUGAAGGUGGAGUCUGCCCAGCAACCGAAACAGGUCCUAAAGAUGGAGGUGGCGGUGCUUAAGAAACUCCAGGGUAAAGACCAUGUGUGUCGUUUUGUUGGUUGUGGCCGCAACGAUCGCUUCAACUAUGUGGUUAUGGAACUCCAGGGGAGGAACUUGGCAGAUUUACGCAGAACUAUGACUCGCGGCACCUUUUCCAUCUCCACCACUUUGAGGCUUGGUAAACAAAUUCUGGAGGCCAUUGAAAGCAUCCAUUCUGUUGGCUUCCUACAUCGUGACAUUAAACCAUCUAACUUUGCAAUGGGGCGACUACCCAACACGUGCAGAUGCUGCUACAUGCUUGACUUUGGCUUGGCCCGUCAGUUCACUAACUCCUGUCAGGAAGUUCGUCCCCCUCGUCCUGUCGCAGGCUUCCGAGGAACCGUGCGAUAUGCUUCCAUCAAUGCACAUAAGAAUAAGGAAAUGGGUCGUCACGAUGACCUCUGGUCUCUCUUCUACAUGCUAGUGGAAUUCAUGGUUGGUCAGCUACCUUGGCGGAAAGUCAAAGAUAAAGAACAAGUAGGAAAUGUUAAAGAGACAUAUGACCAUCGACUCAUGCUUAAGCACCUUCCAUCAGAGUUUAGUGUCUUCCUGGAUCAUAUCUUGGCUUUAGACUACUUCACUAAGCCUGACUAUCAGCUCCUGAUGUCAGUGUUUGAGAAUGCUAUGAAAAGCCACAACAUACUGGAGAAUGACCCUUACGACUGGGAGAAAUGCGAUUCUGAGGAUAUGCUGAACAUUACCGCCGCAGGAACCACCGCUCAGCAACUGACCCGUCUCACACCAGCGUACAUGGGCAUGGCCAAUGCUUCGGUGCUGCCAGGCGAGCUGCAGAGAGAGAACACCGAGGACGUCCUGCAAGGGGAACGCCUCAGCGACGCUGACAACUGCCCCCCCAUUCCCUCGCAGACCACCCAGGGAGGCGACGUGUGGGAGGAGAUGGAUCGCAACCGUAACCACAAACACUCCCAGCCGCUCAUCAGGAAGGUGGUGAGUGAGGAUGAACACAGUCAAAACCAAGGGAACCAGAGCCCCAACACGGGCUCUGUGCAAAGCUCUCCCAGACGGGUGCGUUCAGAGACCAUGUUCUUGGACCGGGCCGCUCCCUUGCUCAGGAGAAUCAGACACAGUCAGAGCUUGGCUUUUGAGAAGAGGCUGGCCCCCGAACCCAAACCUACCAUCGAACGCUUCCUGGAGGCCUAUCUGGGAAAACAGCGUCCAGUCCUCUCCCAGCUGGGAGAGAAAUCCAUCCCUGAGAGGGGACCAGAGGAGCAGACGCCUCCCUGCGAUGAGCAGCACACAGGCACCACGACCCCAGACCAGGAGGAGGGGGCAGCGAGUAGUGGCUUCGUGGCCGUCAACCUCAGCCCUGUUCCCCAGGAGGGCGACUCCCAAGAGUGGGUGAUGCUGGAGCUUGAGCAAGGGAGCGGCUCUGGAGCUGCCAAGCCCCCAGCAGAGGCCCCACACGAGGAGAGGACAAGGGUCCACACAGCCGCAGAAACCGAAGCCCUGGCCUCUGAGCCUCAGGACGGUCAGCCUAGCUCAGUUCCCAGCAGCCCGGUCUUAUCACAUAUGGCCAUGCCCGGCACCUGGUUAUUGGGCCACAGGAGGCUGCCGGGGAUGCUGGGACAGAUGCCCCCAGUUCUCCACAUGAGUAGAUCCCAAAUGGAGCAGUCAUCCAGCUUUGUGCCACAAUCACCUGUGCAGGAGAAGAGUGAUGCAAUACCACUGGAGGCCCCAUCCACCAAACUAGACGAAACCUCUGAGGAAAUCCUGAAGGAGGGAGAGGAGCUGGGUUCAGCCCCCAAUCCAGUGCCAACCCAAGGUCCCACGGCUCUUCUGACCAAUGACAGGGACCCAGAGAGUGACUCAGGUUUACCGGAUCGUUCUUCAGAGCCUCACCAGCAGCCUCGGGCUGACCUGGCGGGAGGUGCCAUGGAGAGCAUUGGCACGGUUUCCCCCUCUCCGCCUUUACCCCUGCUUAGGUGUAAGGACUCUCCAUCCUCCCCCAGGUUGAGCCGGAUUCCCGUCCGUGACCCUGCCGCUCCAAUAGACUCCUUCAUUAGGGACCCAAUCGCAGAGCGGCGUCACCGCUGGAGCAGCCCCGUCCCUGGCUCCCCAACCCACUCGCCCUCUCCGUCUCUGUCCUGCGACAACCUGCCUUUCGCUUUCCCCCGAGAUAGGCUGUCCUCAGAUCGAGGCUCCCGGUUUGACUGGCAGGGAGAAGACCCCCUCUCUCUGUCUUCCUCAUCUGGCAGCAAGAGUAAGAUCCCUCGCCCUGUGAGUGUCCCUCAUGUACCUGAACAAGUUGCUGGCAGAUUUCUGCCUCAUCCGCCUCCUGGAAAACCACCCACACGCCCAUCAGUAGACAGCAGACGUCGGCGGUUCAGAGUGCGGGCCAGUAGUACCAGCGACGCCGACUUCCUGGCCAGUCUGACCCAGCUGAUGCAGGACCACGGAGGUCUACUCUUUAGCCCCCCUCCUCGGCCCCGCAGCUCCUCCUCCUCGCUGCAACGCUCACUAAGCUCCUCCCCCUCUCGUCAGGAGUUCCGUGAUUGCAGGGUGCCGCUGGGGCGCAGCCGUUCUCCCUCCAGCUUUUCUGUCCCCCCACCUCGAUAUGUCCAUCCACAAGACAGGUCCAGUGGGCAGCCACAGUGGGGGUCAUGUCAGAGCUGCAGGGGUUGGGGCCUCAGCAAUGAGGCCAAAGGAUCUCGCAAAGUGAGCCAAUGA